AUGAAAAUAGGCUCAGGUGAUAAUUCACAAAUAGACGAAUUUAAGAAGGAAGUUGCGAUGUUGGACAAAUUUCGAAGUGAUUAUAUCGUCCACUUCUAUGGAGCUGUGUUUAUACUUAACAAAAUUUGUAUGGUCACUGAAUUUGCACCUUUUGGAAGUUUACAAGACUUGAUGAAACACAAAAAGAGUGAAGAUGUUGAUAUGAAAAUACGUGUAAAGAUAUGUCUUGAUGGUGCAAACGGAAUCGAGUAUUUACACACAAAUGGGAUACUACAUAGAGACAUCAAACCAGACAACAUUUUGGUGUUUUCUUUAAAUUUGAAUGAAAAAGUGAAUGCAAAAUUGACUGAUUUUGGAAGUGCAAAAAAUGUGAAUAUGAUGAUGACUAACAUGACAUUCACCAAUGGAAUUGGUACUCCAAAAUACAUGGCGCCUGAAGUAUUAAACAAAGAACAUUACAAGAAACCCGCUGACUUGUUUUCGUUUGCUAUAACAAUGCUUGAGUGCUUAUUGUGGGAUAAUGCAUAUCCUAAAAGUAUAUAUUUGUACCCAUGGACCGUUGCAGAUGACGUUGCAUCAGGUAAAAGACCAACGACUAUUAAAACACUUGACAAAAAUUUCCAAAAUGUCAUUGAAAAGUGUUGGAAACAAGAGACAGAAAAAAGGUGUACGAUAAAUGAAGCCAUAGAUGAGCUUAAACGGUUACAAUAA